AUGAUAAGGAAGAGAAGUAAAACAAUGGCAGAAGCAGAAUAUAUAUAUUUACCAGAUGAUUGCUGGAGAUAUAUAUUCAAAUUUCUCAAGGACGGUGAUGAUGACUACGAUCAUAAUCGUAAUUUGAAGUCUAUCUCCGUCGUCUCCAAGCAGUUAUUUUCUAUCACCAACCGUCUCCGAUUUUCUCUUUCUGUAUACGAUCCAGCAACCCCUUUCCUCUCCGGCCUCUUCCAUAGAUUCACAAACCUAACCUCCCUCGACCUCUCUCACUUCCACGGCGACCUCGACCAACUUCUCCGUCAAAUCUCUUUUUUCCCACUGAAACUCACAUCACUCAAUCUCUCUCAUAAAUCUAUCAUUAUUCCCGCGUAUGGCCUCCGAGCUUUCUCUCAAAAAUUUACAACUUUAACCUCUCUCAUUUGUUCCAAACUACCGUCUUUCAAUAGUACUCACUUGUUCCUCAUUAAGGAUUGUUUCCCUUUACUCCAAGAACUCGAUCUCUCUGACCCUUGUAUCCACUAUUAUCACAGCAGCUGUAGCUUCCUCCAAUAUGGGAUUGAGGCUCUUUCGCUGUCACUUUUUCAACUCCGCAAGAUUAAUCUCUUGGGCCAUUACUAUAUCAAUGACAAGUCCGUUUUUCACUUGUUUAACAACUGUAAGCUUCUCCAAGAGCUCAUCUUGCCUUAUUAUUGUCGAAUUACCAAACAAGGAGUUGCUUCUGCUCUCUCUGCCAAACAAACAACAUUGACGUAUUUAUCCCUUUCCCCAAUCAUUACAAAAGAGGUCAUUCACUCCUUGUUGAGUUUUAAGGGUUUGACUAAUAUUGAUUUUACUUAUACUCGUAUUUCCGAUGAACUGCUCACCUCUAUUGCAAUGGAAGGUCUUCCUUUGAAGAUGAUUGGCCUCGCUCAUUGCCAGGGAUAUAGUUAUGCUGGAAUGUUUUGUUUGUUAUCCAAAUGUCAAUCUAUCCAACAUUUGGAUCUUGGAUACACCAUGUUUUUGAAAGAUAGUCAUGUUGUGGAGUUGUCUUUAUAUCUUGUUGGUUUGGUUUCUAUAAACCUUAGUCAUUGUCCGAUGCUCACAGAUUCAUCCUUGUUUGCACUAGUUAGGAAAUGUCCUUCCCUUAGUGACAUCACAAUGAUAGAGAUCGUGCGUAAGACUAUAGAGAAUAAGGACUAUUGGAUGGAUUUUGGAGUAUACCCUCAAUUAAAGUCUCUCAAUAUGUCUUACCAUGUAUGGUUAGGGGAUGAAAGCAUCAAAAUGUUUCCUUCUAUUUUUCCCAAUCUCCGCCGGCUUGAGUUGCAAUCUUGCAGGAAAAUAUCCGAUGAAGCUAUUGUUCAUGUCUUAAGUAGAUGCCAUAAGAUAAGUCAUUUGAAUAUAUCAUUUUCAUAUUUGAAACUACUUGGAAUGAACUUUGAACUUCCCAAGCUUAAGAUGUUGAACUUUUCAUCUUCAAACGUCGAUGAUGAAAUACUCUAUUCAAUCUCCAAGAGUUGCUGCGGGCUUUUGCAAUUGUUAAUAAAGGGUUGUUUAAGAUGCACAGAGAAGGGAGUGAAACAUGUGGUAGAAAAAUGCACACAAUUGAGAGAGAUCAAUUUGAAAGACUGUUUGAAUGUGCGUCCUAAUGUUAUUGCUGCCUCAGUGCUAUUUUCAAGUCCAUCGUUGAGAAAGAUAACUGCUCCAACUAAUAUCUAUUUUAGUGAUUUUGAGAGGAUAGUCUUCUUACAUCGAGGAUGCGUUGUUUGCUGA